GUGCACUGGAAGAAACCUCCAGUAGCAGCAGCUGCUCUGGAGGCAGACUCGGCGGGGGGCAGCUGCUCGCUCCCCGUCCCUCGCAGCUUCCUCCCAACGCGGCCGAAACUUGAACAGCUUGGCACCUCCAUCCCGCUCUCAUCUUGUUCCAAACAAUGCCCGCCAGCGCUCACCAUGGCGAGCUUCCUGCGCAGCAAACAGGCCGGCAUCCAGAAUGACCUCUCGGCGAGCAUUCGCCCGGAGCUCUUUGCGCCCGACGACCAGGCGCGCUACGGCAUCAACUCGCAGAUAAGCUGCCUCGCGUACGACCCCAUCCAGUCGCUCCUCGCCGUCGGCACCAGCGAGAGCCGCUUUGGCCCCGGCUGCAUCUACGUCUUCGGCCAGCGGCGCGUGCAAAAGGUCCUCAGGCCCUCGCGGCCCACGUCGCUGCUCAAGAUCCAGUUCACAGCCAACCGUCUCGUCAGCCUCGACGCCAAGAAUGAGCUGGCCGUUUGGGAUCUCGACGCCGGCGAGCGUCUGACGGGCCAGAUCAUCGCCGGCCGCGUGGUCGACAUGGUCACCGACCCCAUGCUCGACUGGGCCUUCCUCGGCCUGCAGAACGGCGACGUCGUCGCCUACGACCUCGACCGCCGCAGUCUGGCCCGCGCGUUCCGCCUCCCCAACUUCUGGGCUGCCGAGCGCGGCCCCAAUGCUCGCGCCGCCACUCUCGUCUGCCUCGCCCUGCACCCCCGCGAUGUGGGCAAGCUGCUCAUCGGCUACACCCACGGCGCGGUCAUCUACUCGUUCAAGCAGAACCGCCCUCAGCACUUCCUCGAGUACGUCCUUCCGCCCGGCGCCCCAGGCGGCAGCAGCGUCGGUGUCGACACGCCGCGCCGCCCGCGCCUGACGCAUGCCGUCUGGCAUCCCUCGGGCACCUUUGUCGUCACCGCCCACGACGACGGCAGCCUCGCCCUGUGGGACCCCAAGGAGGGCCGCCUCAUCACGGCGCGCACCCUCGCCCGCAACCGCGUCGACCAGCCCGCCCCCAACUCGGCCCUCGCCAUCGUCACGGAGCCCUUUUCCAAGAUCGCCUGGUGCUGCAAGCAGAACCCCGAAGACACGGGCCUGCUCGUCGCCGGCGGCCAGAGCCCCGACGCCCCCAAGAGCAUGACGUUUGUCGAGCUGGGCCUGACGCCCAUGUAUGCGACCUCGUCGUGGCAGGCCCUGGGAGACUGGUUCGCCGGCAAGCGCCAGGUCGCGCUCCCGCUGCCCGCCGGCGCGCAGGCCGCCGACUUUUUGCUCGUCCCGCGCGCCUCGCCACACUUUGCCGGCGCGCAGGACCCCAUCGCCGUCAUUACCACGCUGUCGUCGGGUGAGCUCCUGACCAUGAGCUUCCCCUCGGGCUACCCCAUCAGCCCGACCAACCAGCUGCACCCAUCCACCUUUUUCGUUCAUCCCUUUGUCACAAAGGUCAAUGUGUCGAGUCUCGAGCGGCCGCGGUGGCUGAGCAUGUUUGAGAAGCGCGACCAGGGCGAGCCGCUGCUCAAGGGUGGCGCCGAGGCUUCCCGUCCGCGCAAGCGCUUCGAGGAGCGCACCAUUAUACAGGCUGCCCAUGUCGACAGCACCAUCCGUAUUUGGGACUCGGGCCACGCCGACGACAUCGAGAACGGCCAGGUACUGCAGGUCGACAUGGCCAGGGCACUGGACCGCUACGACGACGUUGAGAUCACCGCCAUGAGCAUGGCCGGCGGCACAGGCGAGUUUGUCGUCGGCACGCGCACCGGCGAGGCCGUCGUCUUCCGCUGGGGCGCCAAUCGCUUCUACGGGCGCGAGGCGAACCAGACGCUCGAACCCAACCCCAAGGGCCUGACCGACAUAAGCUCGCGCGCCGACCCCACGCUCAAGGAGGGGCUGCAGCCGUUUGUGCUCUACGAGAUGAUGAUGGGGCCCAUCACCGCCGUGCAAGUGUCCAACGUCGGCUUUGUGGCCGUCGGCUCCGAGCUCGGCUUCCUGACCAUCAUGGACCUGCGCGGGCCGCGCAUCAUCUACCAGGCUCCCAUGACGGAUUUCGCCAAGCAAGAGAAGCGUACCUCGUUCCUCAAGGGCCACCACCACUCGGCCGCGCCCCAAAAGGAAUGGCCCGUCGUCAUCGAGUUUGGCGUCAUGACGCUCGACGACGACAAGUACUCGAGCAUCUGCUGCUUCGUCGGCACCAACCUCGGUAAGGUCAUCACGUUCAAGCUGCUGCCCGCGGACGGCGGCUAUUCGGUGCAGCUCGCGGGCGUCGUGCAGUGCGAAGGGCGCGUCGUCUCGCUGUCUCCCAUUGAGGCCAAUACGGGCCGGCCCGCCGCGGCGACGGGGCAGAUUGUCGCCGGUUUGCGCGAGGGGCGGCAGGUUAACGGCGCGCUCGUGGCUGUCACGCAAAAUGAGAUGCGAGUGUUUAGGCCGGCGCACGCCAAGGGCGCAUCUAGAGAGUUUGACGACGUGCUCUGCGACGCGGCGACGGUGGCCGAGCUGGAGCUGCAGGGCUGGGCCAUCGUUGGGUUAUUCGGCGACCGCACAGCGCGGGCGUUUUCGAUACCGGGGCUCAAGGAUCUCGGGCGGGCGGAGCUGCCCAUGGUGGACGCGACGCGCAGCACGUCGGCGGUCGUGACGCAGACGGGCGACAUCUUUGCGUGGUCGGGCCCCAGCGAGCUGGCCGUCAUCCACGUCUGGGGCACGGGCAAGCCGUGGCAGCAGUCGCCCGACACCAUGAUCAACCCCAAGCUCGAGUGCCCGCCGCGGCCGACGAUUUCCAACGUGCAGUGGAUCUCUGGGACGCAGUAUGUGUCGCCGCUGGACCUGGACCUGCUGGUGGGAGGGCCGGACCGGCCACCGAGCAAGCGCAUGAUGGAGGCGGCGGCGGCGGAGCAGCGCGCUGCCCGGGGCGCGACGGGGACGGCGGGCGUGGCGGCGGGCGCGGCGGCAGGCGCUGCGGCCAACGAGACAUGGGGAGCGUACCUGACGCGGCAGCUCAACGAGCGGACCGAGAAGCUGAACCUGAUGGGCGACGGCAUGGACGAUCUACAGCAGCAGAGCCAGGGAUGGGCCGACGACGUGAGCAAGUACAUCAACAAGCAGAAGCGCAACAUGGUCAUGGGCAGCCUGAAGAGCAAGUUCUUCUAGCUGGGGUGACGGGCAGUCCGAACGAAGGAACGUGGACUGCGGGAAAAGUCUGGGGACGCGGACGAGCAGACGGCGUUGGGGCGGGUUGCAUCUCGGUCGCGCAUUCGUUACGGACUAGGUAUGUAUGGAUGACGCCUGCCUCGGCGAGCGUCCGUGAUGCCACGGCGAGUACUGUAGAUCAAACACCAAGGAACUCUUGUAGCUCUGCGCAGCUCUCAGCCGCUUGCUUACCCGGUGAACUGUGCGACGAGGCGAGGUGCCGCUCCUCCAGGCACGGGGAACGGAUGCGGAUGGGGGUUGGCGGGCUUCGGUGUCCGGCACGGCAGAUCGGCGCAAGGCGCAGAGGAGCCGACGAUCCGCUGGAUGCAAGGCACGGGGCAUCGCCAAGACGGCGCCACCAGAUUGGGGGAAGAGGAGAGGAGGGUGCUGCUGCUGCUGCUGCUGAUCAUAAUGGUGAUGAUGAUGAUUAUGAGUGGGUAGUUCCUCCAUCUGACCGUCGGGUGCGCGUGGUGGAUGCGCAUCAGGUCCAAUGGUGGGUGUUUGGCGGGCGCGAAUAAGCGCGGUGCAGGUUAGACCGUCUUACACCCUAUGCAACCUCGCAUCCGGCUACGAACACGCGAGGGAUCGCGCGCACACCCUACUUCUUCUGUAGGCACUACUGCAUAUUCCUCUUCCUUGCCCGUGCGGCCAGUGGGAGAAGAGCAUAGUGUCUGGUGGGCGUUGCUGCACGUGCGCGGUGCUUUCCCCUGACGGAUGGACGGCUGUAUUAAUAAGUUAGUAACUAUCGUGUUUCUCGUUUGAGAAGCCUUGGGUGGUGGCGACGGCGGCUCUGCGGAUGGAUCAGAAUGGAUGGAUGGAUGGAUGGAUGGAUG